AUGAUUAUUGAUAAUGCCACAUCAUCACCAAUUAUCGUCACCGAAUACGAUAAUGUAACAAUGAAAUGUCAAGCUCGAGGUCGACCUAUACCCUAUAUAGCAUGGUUUCGUCGAGGUGACGAUGGAAAAGAUCCUAAUAAUCAUACACGAUUAGAAAAUCAAAUUUUAGCAAAUAACACUGAUGGUUUAUUUCAUAUAAUUAAUGUUAAUCGUUAUCAAAAUGGACAUUAUGAAUGUCGAGCAUCGAAUGGUGUCAAUGAUCAUGUUGUCAGUAAAGAUAUUGAAUUACGUAUUCUAUGUAAGUAA